AUGGAACGUUUUAUACGUAAUAUGGGUCUUGGACAAUUACCUAGAGAUUUACAAGGCGGUGGAGCUCAAGGUGAUACACCAAUGGUUGAUACAGCUGAACAAGUUUAUAUAUCAUCAUUAUCACUUCUUAAAAUGCUUAAACAUGGUCGAGCUGGUGUACCAAUGGAAGUUAUGGGAUUAAUGUUAGGUGAAUUUGUCGAUGAUUAUACAGUUCGUGUUAUUGAUGUUUUUGCUAUGCCACAAUCGGGUACUGGUGUUAGUGUUGAAGCUGUUGAUCCUGUAUUUCAAGCUAAAAUGCUUGAUAUGCUUAAACAAACAGGUCGUCCUGAAAUGGUUGUUGGCUGGUAUCAUUCACAUCCAGGUUUUGGUUGUUGGUUAUCAGGUGUAGAUAUAAAUACACAACAAAGUUUUGAAGCUUUAACUGAACGUACAGUUGCUGUUGUUGUUGAUCCAGUUCAAAGUGUUAAAGGAAAAGUUGUUAUUGAUGCUUUUCGUCUUAUUAAUCCAAAUUUAUUUGUACUUGGACAAGAAGCACGACAAACAACAUCAAAUUUAGGUCAUUUAACAAAACCAUCUAUUCAAGCAUUAAUACAUGGUCUUAAUCGUCAUUAUUAUUCAAUAUGCAUUAAUUAUCGUAAAAAUGAAUUAGAACAAAAAAUGUUAUUAAAUUUACAUAAAAAAUCUUGGAUGGAUGGUUUAACAAUACAAGAUUUUAAUCAACAUAAUGAACAAAAUACCAAUGUUGUUAAACAAAUGCUUGAUUUAUCUAAAAAUUAUAUUAAAUCAUUAGAAGAAGAAGAAAAUAUGACACCAGAACAAUUAGCUAUAAGAAAUGUUGGUAAACAAGAUCCAAAACGACAUUUAGAAGAAAAUGUUGAUGCUUUAAUGACAACAAAUAUUGUUCAAUGUCUUGCUGCUAUGAUGUCAUUAGUUGUAUUCAAAUAA